GCAAAUACGUGACGAAUUAAUGGCACUUGCCGGAGAUGUUCAACUUGUUGUCGAUAAUACGGGUGCGUAUGCGAUACUUGGAGACAGUGCAACGAAUUUGAUGGAAUCCGUGAGUGACGAUACGUUACUUCCUUAUGUUAUGAACGUAAUGACUGCUUCAGAAGAAGGAUACGACUUAACAAAGGAUAUGUCCGACUCUGAUAUAUCGGGCCUAUUAUCU